AUGCGGAAGUGGGGUAGACGAGCAUGUAAACAACGCUCCAGCCGUUCCUUUUGUUUUGGUUUGGACAUUAUACAGACGGAAGUCACUCAUUUAAGUUCAUUACCGAACUGGCUUUUAUAAAAGCGCCUGACUUAUUUUGGUUUGUUAUUUAUAUUCGAUAGUCAACCCUGAUGCACCGUUGGUUCACUCGCAGAAUCGAAUGGAUACUCGUGACUGUCGAUCAUUUUUGUACAGUUAAUAUUGACUUACAAUAAUGACGCCCAUAUAAAAUAAGCGUCCAACUCUAAAGGAUUACUUAUACGCAGUUACUGUAGACCAAUGGAUCCUGGAUCGCCGCUGAGUGAAGUCCAAUUCGGCUUUUAGUUUUUUCAGAUUUACCUAUUUUUAGCAGCCAACAGCCAUGUCUUUAUUUUCAAUACAAGGGAGGAAGCACACCACGUAUUAUGACCACCUCAUGUCAUCAGCCUCCUCGAAAACCCCGGCCAGGGAACGCCUGAUCAAGGAACAGAAGACCACACAGCUGAGCACACACCUCAGCACGGACUCUGUCAACUCAACGUGUGGCGAGAGCAGAUCUGUGUACAAGAGCAUCAACAGGACCUAUGUGAUCCCAGGGCUGUCAAAGAGCGGCGGGCCUCCGACCCCUGCUGGCACACCCACCCGGGGACGACUCACCCUGCAGAGGAGGAAAACAAACAACACCAACAACACCGAGAACAACGCCGAGCAAACCACCGCGAUGAGCGACCCGGCGGAGAAGACCCAGACGCCCGCACCGGAGAAGAGGUUGACCCUCCAGCGCAGGACCAGGACGGUAGUCAUCGACCGAUCCGUCAGCUCCGACUCCAGCAGGGCCGCCGACGGGCAGCGCCUCGUCCCUACUGGGGAACCACGAGCCACCAAAGUCCUGUCGGAGUCCAACAGCAGGGUGCCCGGGAUGAUGGGUGUGCUCCGCACCGCAAGUCUGAGGGACACCGUUUCCAAGUUUAAAGUCAAAGAACACAGUGCACCGGCAGCUACACCGGUUAAGAUCACAGAUGCGCCUGGGAAAACGUCACACAAUAAGACGCCAACGCCCGCAACGAGGCAACUAGGGGAGCUGGGGAAAGCUGAAGACCAUGCGAAAGUGUUUUCAACGCCGACUAAGAGGACGCCGUUUGAGAGGAUUGCUUCAAAGAAGGACGUGUUCGAGAAGCUGUCCGUGAAAGAGCCAAUCCCAAGAGCGGUGUCUGUUAAAAACUCUAGUCUGGAGAGGCCCAAGAUGAGAAGACCGCAGGCUGAGGAAACGAAGCCUGUUCCAACACCCAGAGGACUCAAGACCUCCUCAAGUGUGUUCAAAUCAAACGCCAGCCUACCAGCGAGGAAGACUUCCAGCGACGAAGCGGCUUCGGUCCAGAGUAGCUCCACACCUUCGGAGGUCCCUCCAGCGACACGUGUCUCGGCUGAGCCCCUGGUUCGCCCCAGCGAGUUGCCGAAACAACAAGACUCCCUGAAGAUGGAGAACAGUGCGGUGACCGUUGCAGUGCGUGUGCGACCUUUCAAUGCCAGAGAGAAAACAGAGAACAGACUCCAGGUCAUCUUCAUGAAGGACCAGGAGACAGUCGUCCAGCAUCCGGUCUCAAAGCACAGCCACUCCUUCGUCUACGACUUCUCCUUCUGCUCCGUUGACGUGGAGGACCCCAGCUUUGCCAGCCAGCAGACGGUGUACCAGACCCUAGCUAGACCCCUGUUGGAGCGGGCCUUCGAGGGCUUCAACACCUGCCUGUUCGCCUAUGGACAAACCGGUUCUGGAAAGUCGUACACAAUGAUGGGCUUCGGAGAGGAAGCCGGGGUGAUCCCACGCUUCUGCCAGGAGCUGUUCUCCAGACUGGCCUCCGUUCAGAAGGACAAGGUGUCCUGCCACCUGGAGAUGAGCUACUUUGAGGUGUACAACGAGAAGAUCCAUGACCUGCUGGUGGCGAGGGACAACCAAAACCACAGGCUGCCUCUGAGGGUUCGAGAGCACCCGGUCCAUGGGCCCUACGUCGCUGACCUCUCUACGCAUGUGGUGAGCUCCUUCAGCGACAUUCAGGUAUGGCUGGAGCUGGGGAACAAGCAGAGGGCCACGGCGGCCACCGGCAUGAACGACAAGAGCUCCAGGUCCCACUCCGUCUUCACCCUGGUCAUGACCCAGACCAAGACAGAGUUUGUGGAGGAGGAGGAGCACGACCACCGCAUCACCAGCCGGAUCAACCUGGUGGAUCUGGCGGGCAGCGAGAGGUGUAACUCGGCCCAGACCAAUGGAGAGCGUCUCAGGGAGGGAGCGAGCAUCAACAUGUCGCUGCUCACCCUGGGAAAGGUGAUCUCUGCCCUGGCUGACCAGGUGGUCAACAGGAAGAGGGUCUUCAUCCCCUACAGAGAGUCGGUCCUCACCUGGCUGUUGAAGGAGAGUCUGGGCGGCAACUCGAAGACGGCCAUGAUCGCCACGGUGAGCCCGGCGGGCAGCAACGUGGACGAGAGCCUGAGCACGCUGCGCUACGCCCAGCAGGCCCGCACCAUCAUCAACCUGGCCAAGGUCAACGAGGACACCAACGCCAAGCUCAUCCGAGAGCUUAAGUUGGAGGUGGAGAAGCUCCGCGCCGCACAGACCAGCGCCCAGGGGGUGCUCCCGGAGAGGGAGCGUCUCUUCCAGCAGGAGAUCGCCGGCCUGCGGAGCAAGCUCACGCAGCGGGAGAGGGAGAACCUGGAGAACCAGCGGGCCUGGAGAGAGAAGCUUGAGCAGGCAGAGAUCCGGAAGCGAGAGGAAACCAAAGAACUGCAGAGGGCCGGCUUGACCUUCAAGGUGGACAACCGCCUGCCCAACCUGGUGAACCUGAACGAGGACCCCCAGCUGUCGGAGAUGCUGCUCUACAUGAUCCGGGAGGGCCGCACCCUGGUGGGGAAGCUCAAGUCGGAGUCCCCCCACGACAUCCAGCUGUCGGGGGCUCUCAUUGGCGACCGCCACUGUGUGAUCUCGAACGUGGGAGGAACUGUGAGCGUCACGCCGAUGGAGAGCGCCAAGACGUUUGUGAACGGGAACCUGAUCUUCACGGCCACCGUCCUCAACCACGGCGACCGUGUGAUUCUGGGCGGGGACCACUACUUCCGCUUCAACCACCCUGCAGAGGUGCAGUCUGGGAAACGGGUGUCGUGCUGGACGGGCUCCGGCGACGGACAGAAGGACUUUGAGUUCGCCAAGAACGAGCUGCUUUCCGCCCAGAGAGCCCAGCUGGAGGCGGAGAUAGAGGAGGCCCACCUGAAGGCCAAGCAGGAGAUGAUGCAGGGCAUCCAGAUGGCCAAGGAGCUGGCCCAGAAGGAGCUGUCCGACCAGAGGGCCCGCUACGAAGACCGCAUCCACACCCUGGAGGAAGAGCUGGUGGAGGAGAGCCAGCGGAAGCAGAACCAGGAACAGGACAACAGGCGCGUGGCCAAUCAGAUGGCAGAGCUGCGGCAGGCCAAGCAGCACCUGGAGCUGGAGGUGGACACGCAGAAGAAGAGGCUCCGCCUCCACGUCGAGGCCCAGGCGCUGGAGGAGCACAGCGUGCGGCAGGCCAAGAUCGUGGACGCGCUGGAGGCGGAGAAGGUUAAGCUGAGCAGAGAUCUGGAGGAGAUUCAGAAGAGGAUGGCCCUGAGGGAGAACCGCACCCCUAAGACCGUGGCGCCACAGUGGGACGCCAUGAAGCUCUCCCUGAUGAUCGAGGAGGCCAACAAAAUCAGCACCAAGCUGAGGAAAAACACGCGCUUCAGCAGGCACGAGAGUUCAGAGAUGGAGAACGCCAGGGAAGAGAAUGGCAUGCAAGUGCGUGUCCAGAACACCAAGCUGGGCAUCUCCACCUUCUGGACCCUGGAGAGGUUCCAGAACAACAUGGCCGCCAUGAGGGAGCUGGAGCAGGGGGAAGCCGCCUCCAAGGAUGAUGAAGUUUUUUACGAUCCCGAUGAUGAGUGGGAGCAGGAUCUGUCUGCCUCCUCCUCCACCACCACCUCCUCCUCGGCCUCCUUCUCGCGGCGCAGGAGCCGAAGCCUGUUGAAGAGCAGGAGGAUCUCGGGGCGACUGUACGAGAUCAGGGUCCACCCCAUCCAGAGCCUCCUCGGUGCCUCUUCCACAUCCACCGGGCUGAUGGGCGUGGCCCAACCCCCGUCCACCCAUCCGAGCGCGUCAAGCUCCGCCCUCCCCGGCAUCUGCAAGGAGCUGAUUGGCCAGAGCCUAUCCACUCUGCGGGGCUGCGGGGGCCCGGAGGAGAGCAUGGCGGACCGGUUGAUCCACGACCUGCAGCUGGUCUACACGGUGGUCCGCACCGUCUGUGACCUGUACGACGGCCUGGACGACGACAGCCAGGAGAACGUGUUCGCCUGCCGCCCGGAGGCCCAGGGCCAGCUGGUGGUCGCCACAUCGGCGGUGGAGCGGGCGGUCUUCCUCACACGCCACUGGCUGGCCAGCACGCGGCCAGCCGCCCGGGCCCUGUACUCCGCCGCCGAGGAGCUGCGGUGCCAGGUCAAGAGGAUGGGAGGCUUCCUCCAGCUGCUCAUCCAGGGCUGUGAGUCUGAGAUCUCGUCCAUGGUGACGGAGGCACACAGGAAGAGCUCUCAGUGUCUGGACGUGGCGUUGAGGAGCGUGGGUCACCUGGCUGCGUUGACCGGCGAGCCACUUGGCGCCCCCGAGCCCAGCGCCCGGGCCAUCGGCAAGUCUUCCACCUCCAUGUGUCUCUUGGAGGGGACCAAUAAGGGAGUGGGGUCCCUGUUGGAGGCGGGGCUUCACAUUACAAAGGAAAUGCUGAGGGAUGCACAGCUGGCCUAUCCGAGGACCCCGGCCUUACAGAGUCUAAAAUCCAAGGCAGUAGACCUGGCUUGUUCCCUACAGACCUACAUCCACUGCCACAUGACGGAGAGGGAGUCCGGCCCUGACAGAGUUGAUGAUGAAGACGAGGCCCAGGUGUCUCAUCUCCAGAAGCUGAGGGCUGUGGCUACCAUGCUGUUCCAGCUCAACAGGGCCAUCGCAGUACUCCACACCUGCCUGGCCGACACCCUGAGAGGUAAAGGCCGGGAGUCCAACCUGACCACCGGUAGUGCGGCCAUCAGCUCUUCCGCCCGGGCCGUUGGUGACCUCGUCCGCGGCCACUCUGAGGCGGUGGCCUCCGUCGACCCCGACCUGCCCUGCCCGCGGAGGCUCUCGACCACACGGGAAGAGCUCCAGGCCGCCAUUCACACCCUGACCACCACCACCUCCGACCAGCAGGGGGCAGAAGGCAGGCAGUCCGCUGGCCCCAACAGCACCGGCUCCUUCCACACCGGCAACGACGACUCGGAUGUGUCCAAAGAUGGUUCCUUCCGGAACAAGGCAGCUGCUAAAGUGCUGUACUCCCUUGCCUCCGAUGUCUCGUCCAAUCGCAGUCCUCACUGGGUGUGAUUGACAGGUGUUCUGUAGAGCUUGACUCCGCCCCUCUUAGGGCUGUGUAUCUGUGCGUUUUGUGGUUUGUCACAGCUUGUUUUCACUUUUUUCACAUUGCUAUCUGCUUUUUGUUGAAAAUGUCCUGGCUUUGAGUCUCUUAUUAGUACUGUUAAAGUUUUUGUAUACCAGUUUUCUGGGUAAAUUGACCGAAACUAUAGGUACCGUUGGAACAGGAAAAGACAUUGAAAACACUUGUUCCCCACUCUACCAGAUCAUGCCCCUAUGCUGAUGUUCUAUGCUCUACUGUACCUUCUUAGGUCUAUCCAAAUUUGUACUAUAAAGGCUCCAAUGUAGGCCGAAACUGUCAUGUACGCAGUGUAUAAAAAGAAAGAUGAAUGGGCAUUGUUCCUGGCAGAUUUAUUAAUGGUCGUUUUGUGUGAAGGUAAAUAUGUUAUUCAUGAACAAAUAUUGGUGGAUCGGCAACUAUUGUAAUUCAGCAACCUUUAUCUUUGUAUAUCACAGUUGGCACUCAGGAUUGCUUGGAUUCUUGUAUUUCUUAAACUUGCACAGUUUUUUUUAUUUUCUUCUUCUGUUUACUUUGAUAUCAACUUUGUAUGUAUUUUGCAGCAUUUCAAGUAAUGAUAUGGGACAAGCUUGCGAUUUCAAAAGAUUGUAACCAUUUGAACAGCAAAUUGUAAAGGUUUACCCAAUAUUUGUA